UUAUUUCAAAUUAAGCAGUGUAAAACGUUUCGCUCUUUUCUAGGUUCUGGUACCAACCCAGGAUCUGAUAAGUGCGCUGAGAACGCUGAUAAGUGUUCUACAAAUGCACUUGUCCGAAACAGAUGUGCGAGAACAUGUAAUGCGUGCAGUGCUGAAACUAACUGCACAGAUAUUGCUACAGACUGCGACGAAAGUACAUGUGCAACAAAUCCAACAACAAGAGUUCGAUGUCCGUUAACGUGUAAACUAUGUGACUGUGUUGACAAUGGCGCCAACUGCUUAAAUUACGCCAACCAGUGUUUGACAAAUAAGCUGAUUCGAGCCAGAUGUCCAAGAACGUGUAAUGCAUGUAAUGCCGCAAGCAACUGCACAGACCUUGCUGCAAACUGCGAUAUAAGCUUAUGCGCAACAAAUGCUAACGUUAGAGAGCGUUGCCAAGCUACCUGCGGAACAUGCAACUGUAAGGAUGAAGUAGACGGCUGCGAUAAACGUGUUUCUCUGUGCAAAACGUAUGCAGAUGUGCGCCAGAAAUGUGCGAAAACGUGUAACGCAUGUGGUAGUUCACAGGCAAAUAACUGUGCUGAUAUCUUAGAUAACUGUAAGGACCUGGAAAGCAUGUGCAAAACUGAUGAAGUAGUUAGAAAUCGUUGUAAAGUCACCUGCAAAAUGUGCUAG